CCCCCGGGUCUUUGCGCACGCGCGUGCGUGGAUCAGAGCGAGGCUCGGACUGCUCUUGGCUGGCGCCGGCGCCAGGCGGGGGUGAUGCGAUGAGCGGUUGGAUGGCGCGGGGCCGAGCGCAGCGGGCUGCGGCCCUGGGCCUAGCACUGCGGGUACUGCUCAGCUUCGGGCUGGGCCUGGAAGCCGCCCCGACCUCCAUCCCGACCUGGUCCUUGACCCAGGCCCCAGGCCCCAGCACAGCCUCGUGCCCGCCCACCAACUUCCAGUGCAGGAGUGAUGGCCGCUGCGUGCCCCUCACCUGGCGCUGCGACGUUGACCAGGACUGCGUCGAUGGCAGUGAUGAGGAGGAGUGCAGUAUUGAGCCGUGUGCCCAGGACGGGCAGUGCACACCACCCACUGGCAGCCCCUGCUCUUGUGACAGCAUCGAUGACUGCCCUGAUGGCAUCAACAAGAAUGUUCUCAACUGCGGGCACCAGCCCUGCCCGGAGGGGGAGCUGCGCUGCCCGCUGGGCGGUUCCUGUAUCCCACGCACGUGGCUCUGCGAUGGCCACCCGGACUGUUCCGACUCCAGCGAUGAGCUUGGCUGUGGAACCAAGACCCUCCAAGAAGGGAGUGCCACGUCCAUGGGGACCCCUGUGACCCUGGAGAGUGUCACUUAUCUCAGGAAUGCCACAGUCACCUCUGUUGGGGACCGGGACUCAGUUCAGUCUGGAAACCGAAGUGCCUAUGGGAUCAUUGCAGCCGCUGGAAAAGCCGACGGAGCUGCAGGAUUGGGUGGAGCAUCCGAUGAGGGCGUGAGAAAGAGGAAGCAAGCGCGCCUCUCAGACGUGAGAACAGCGGCCAGCAUCAAGGGAGUGGCUGACCGGGGUCACGAACUUGAGUUCUCAAAAUGUCCGGGAAGGUUUUCUGCCACUGUGGGAAGGUGCCUCUGAUACAGCCCAAAGAUGAAGGAUUUAAGGAAAUCCACAAUUCUCUCCCUGGCCAACCAUCCACACAUGGACUCCCCUUGAGGUGCGAAUGUCGGCUAUCUCGCUCGCUAUCCCAAGAGCCCGGCUGCAGCUGGGCAAGAGAGCCUACUGAGUGAUCGAGCUUGCUGCCAGAUAAUGAAGCAGUGGUCGAGGUGGGCCAACUUUCCACCAACAGCUGCUGGGGAGCUGCAGUGGGGCCCAGCUGUCCUGAUGAGCCCAAAUAGCUUCUCCUGUUCCCAAGAUUUAAGACAAGUGCCCCAACCCCACACUGGUCCCCGCUUGCAAAGUUUGUUCAUUCAUUUGUUUGUCCGUCCAUGCAUCCAUCCACCCACCCACCCAUAGUCUCCAUCUACUCAUCUGUUCAUCAAUCCACCUAUUCAUCUGUUCAUCCACUCAGCCAUAUCGUCUGCUUGCCCAGCUGUACACCUACCCAGCCAGCCAGCCUGCCAUCUAUCCAUCCACCCACCCAUUCACUCGUCUAUCCAUCCACCCACCUACCUUUCCAUCUUCCUAUCCAUCCAUCCAUCUACCCACCUGUCUGUCUACCUGUCUGUCCAUCCAUCCAUCCACCCACCGUCCAUCUACUCAUCCAUCCAUCUGUCCAUCCAUCUGUUCAUCCACCCACCCAUCCACUCAUCCAUCCAUCCAUCCACAAGAUAUUCUCUGAGUGGCUUGUACAUGCCAGCCUGGGGCUGGAUGUUGGGGACACAAGCAGGGAACAAAGCAGACACAUUCCUGUCACCAUGAAGCUCACAGCCCAGCAGGGGGAGGCAACCAAAACACAAGUAAACAGAUUCAUAAAUAAAUGAGAUAACACAGUGUGAUGGGCUUGGUAGAAAAUAAACAGGGUGGUGCGAUUUAUCAAGGAAGGUCUGAGCUAGGUCUCAGCUCAUACACCAUCUGAGCUGAGACCUAGAGAUGAGGAGGACCUGGGUUUGUGCAGAAGAAGGUAGUGGUGCUGCGAAGGGGGCUGGGAGGGGCUUUCCAGAGAAAUGAGCAGCAGGUACAAAGGCCCUGAGGCAGGACUGAGUAGAACUGAGUGUUGGAGGACCAGUAAGGAUUCCUGUGUGGCUGGAGCAGAGUCAGCAAGGGGAGAGCGGGAGGAGGGGAGGGCAGGGAGGGGACAGGGCAGGUCGUGCAGGGCCUGUGGAAUUUGGAUGAUUUCCUCCAACAUUUUAUGAUGAAAAAUUUCAAACCUACAGAAAAGGUGAAUUUACAGUGAACAUCUAUAUACCCACCACCAGACUCUCCCAUUCACAUUUUGGUCUAUUGCUUCAUCACACAUCUGCCCAUGUAUCCAUCCAUCCCUCUAUCCACCCACCAGUGCAUUUCUCGGUGCAUUUCAA